AUUCUCACAAAACCCUAUGAUUUCAUAAACAUAAACAAUUAAUCAAACUAGCCAAACUAUAUUGCAUCUCAAUAAUAGUCAGCCACAAGAAACAUAGUAGCAACAACAGAAGAAAGAAACAAAGAAGAGAUCUGUUCAAUGGACUGAAGAUACCGUUGACAACGAGGACCUUGGAAGACUCAAAUCCAAUAGUAUGUUUAUAAAUGCAUUUAGUUUGUUGUAUUUAUCAUAAGCCACAUGCUGAAGAAUCAGAGAGUUCAGAUACUUGCACAAGUGACGAUGAGAUUAAUGCCAUAGAAAGAGAUAAACAAUCUAAAUUGAGACAUAAAAUGAAAUGUUCCAAACUAAAUAAGAAGUGUUGCUGAUAUUUCUUAUUCAAAUUUAU